AUGAGACCCGAUUUGUUUCCUACUGGAGACGAUGAUGAAGAGCUUUUUGGUAUGAUGGCCGAAUGUGUUGAUUUGCUUGAACAAGGUGAAUCAUCAAGACCAUACAUACCCCGUAGCGUCGUUGAAAGAGAUCGAUAUGGUGCUAACGAGCGCCUAAUGGCAGCUUACUUUAACGAAAACCCAAAGUAUUCGUUGAAGAGCUUUAGGCGACGAUUUCGUAUGUCUAAACCUAUGUUCAUGCGCAUUGUCAACGACAUAAUAUCAUAUCCAUCUCGCAAUCCAGGUGCUGUGCCUUUGCAUUUUAAAAAAAUGCAAGACAAGCAGCUUGAUGCCCGAGGAAAGCCUGGUUUCAGCACCAUCCAAAAGUGUGUAUGCGCCAUACAUCAAUUGGCGUAUGGCUACAAUCCUGACUCGCUUGACGAGUAUCUACAGAUGGGGAUGAAUACUUGCGUAGACCAACACCAGAGGACAUACAACGCUUGUACGCUUGACAUGAAGAGCUUCAUGGCCUUCCAAGCAUGCUUGGAAGCAUUGAUUGCAUGCACUGGCGUUAGAAGAACUGCCCCAAGGCAUGGCAAGUCGCCUUUAUUUAGGGAAAUCAUUGAAGAUCGUGCACCUGAUAGCUCGUUCACUGUUAAUGGCACCCACUACAAAAAGGGUUACUAUCUUGCGGACGACAUUUAUCCCGAAUGGUCAACUUUUGUAAAGGCGUAUUCAUGCCCUCAAGAUGAGAAGCGAAAGAAAUUUAAAAAGUUUCAAGAAAGUGCCCGGAAGGAUGUCGAGCGUGCCUUUGGAGGGCUUCAAAACUCAUGGCACAUUCUGACCCAACCAGCAAGAUCAAAAAGCGUGAAUCGGAUCACUCGAACAAUGUACGCAUGUGUUAUAUUGCAUAACAUGAAGGUUGAAGACGCGGGGUACGCCAUAAGCUCACUCGAGGAAGGAGACGACAUUGACCCAAUCGUCUUACCGGAGCGUACGUUCCAGGAAAGGAUUGCACUUCAUCAACGUACCGGCAAGGAGCUUCGAGAUCGCAUUGUGCAUCAUGCUCUUCGCCAUGAUCUUACGGAGCAUGUAUGGCGCCUCCCGGCUUAA